AUGGCAAAUUUCUUCAGUUUUCGCAUCCUCUUAUUCGUGUCCAUCACAAGCGGCGUUUCUGUUUCCGCCACCGUCUUUAUGGUUCAAAACAACUGCCCUUACAACGUCUGGCCAGCAACUUUCUCCGGCAACGGCAACGCCCUCGGCGAAGGCGGAUUUCAACUGGCUCCACGUGAAUCCAAACAGCUCACGCUCAACGCUUCACCGGGAUGGACAGGCCGGUUCUGGCCUCGUACCGGCUGCAACUUCGACUCUUCCGGCAAGGGAAGAUGCGUCACCGGAGACUGCGGCGGCGUUCUAAAAUGCACCGCCACCGGAGUUCCUCCAGCCACUCUUGCUGAAUUCACCAUCCAAGGAGACACCGGCAAAGAUUUCUACGAUCUGAGCCUCGUCGACGGUUACAAUGUCAAGAUGGGUAUAAAACCGGAAGGAGGAUCCGGAGACUGCAAAUACACAGGCUGCGUCGCCGACCUCAACGCCGAUUGUCCUCACGAGCUUCAGGUCACGGAUCCGAACAGCAACGGCAACGAAAACGUCGCGGCGUGCAAGAGCGCCUGCGCGGCGUUCAAUAAUGAAGGAUAUUGCUGCACCGGAGCUAACUCGACGGCGGCAACUUGUUCUCCGACGGACUACUCGAAGAGGUUCAAGAAAGCUUGCCCUACCGCCUAUAGCUACGCUUAUGACGACGCAACGAGCACCUUCACUUGUUCCGGAGCUAACUACUUGAUUACUUUCUGCUCCUAA